CCAACACAACCAAGACACGGUCCAGGCUCACUGAAGUAAAAGUCCUCGUCUUCAGCAAGUGACGUCACCCAUCAGCAUGGCCGUCAAGGUGCAGGCAAUGCAGAGAGCGGAUCCCCAUAGUUUAAAGGCAAUCUUUCUGAAGUAUGCCAGCGUGGUGGAGGAUGGGGACCAUUACAUGACCCCCAGGGACUUUGUGCAGAACUACCUGUCGUUGCACACGCGGCCCCAGUACAACCCCAGGACGGUGAGCCUCCUGGCGGGCGUGGCCGACACCACCAAAGACGGACUGAUCUCUUUCCAGGAGUUUCAGGCCUUUGAGUCGGUUCUGUGUUCCCCGGAUGCCCUUUACCUCGUGGCCUUCCAGCUGUUUGACAAGACGGGCACUGGGAGCAUCUCCUUCGAGAAUGUGCGCGACAUCUUCAGCCAGACCACGGUGCACCACCACAUCCCGUUCAACUGGGACUGUGAGUUCAUCCGGCUGCACUUUGGCCACGAGAGGAAGAGGCUCCUCAGCUAUCCCGAGUUCACCCAGUUCCUGCAGGAGCUGCAGUUGGACCCGGUGGUACGGUCCGGCCCCGACUCUGGCAAUGUCAUCGCCGGUGGCCACGCCCCUCUCGUGCGCGGCCGUGGUGGCGGCGGCGGCGGUUGCGGCUGCCCGCUGACCUUCAAGAGCGCGACGGCGACGGCGGCACCUCCUCUUGACCACGCCGCGAACCGCUCAAUCAGAGCCCAGGUUGGCGGAGAGAAGGUGUACACUGGGCCUGCAGCCGUCUGA